AUGAACACCUACGACCAAGCCAUUGCUCGAACGCUGAUCACGGCAACCAUGCACAAAUAUGCCUGGCACGCGCGUGAGAAGGCCGACUGGGACAAGAUCGCGGAGUGUUUCGAAGCCGACGCCAUAUACCGCCUCGGUGACGGGCGUGAACUACCGCCGUCUCAAGCCAAGGAGGUCGUUCGGGGCAAAGAAGCCAAAUACAUUCGGCACAACAUCACCACCAUCAACAUCGAAUUUGUCAGUGACACCGAAGCACGUACCGAUGCUCUCUUCUUUGCGACGACCGAGUAUAAAGUAGUCGACCAUUGGGGCCAUUGGGUUGACAUCUUUCGCAAGCAACCGGACGGGUCAUGGUUAAUUCGCGAGCGCAGCAUUCGCACGGAGGGCAAGGAUCCAGAGGGCUGGUCUGCGAAAGUCUACGCGGAUGUACCGGCGUCCGUUCCGAAGCCAGAAUAG